GGAUUUCCCAAGAAAGUAUUCGCUUGAUAGGACAUAUAGAGAGAGAGAUAUCGGUUUGAAUUUGAUGCGAGUUUCUGUAGUCACGGUCGACACACUUCAUAUUUUUUGCAUAACAUAUCUUAAGGAUAAUUACCAGACGGAGCUUUACUUUAAUCCAGACAAUACUGAUUCGUGAACUUCGGCACACUGUCCGAAGACGAGAUUAAGACAUGUCUCAAUCCAAACCGCUCCUCAUCCCUUGGCUGCGCGAUCAGAUAAAUAGUGGCCGGUAUCCCGGGGUUACCUGGACCAAUCAGGAGCAAACAGAGUUCUGCAUCCCUUGGAAACAUGCUUUGAGGCAGGAUUCAUGCAGCGAUGAUGUACUUAUUUUCAAGGCGUGGGCUGAGGUUAGCAAUGGUAGGGUUCAAGGCGACCACUCCAUUUGGAAGAGAAACUUCCGUUCUGCCCUCCGAGCCAAGGGGUUCAAAAUGCUCCUUGACAACAAAAAUGAUGCAGCCAACCCCAACAAACUGUUCCAGUGGCCAGAUGAGGCACCCACAGGAGGAUCUCAGCACCCAGAACAUGAUCUGUAUCCAGAUCCCAGUCCAUUACAAGAAAGUCAUGGUCUACCAUGUUUGAAUGACCUUUACCUUGUAGCAGAAGAAACUGUAUACACAGCGGAGGGGAUCUCAACCACUAUCAACCAGGAUAUACUUCAGAAAUGUCUGCAAGGGUUGAACAUUGAACAAACAGAAGCUAUUCAGGGUUAUGAUCUCCCCGUCGAGGAACUGCAAUAUCCAAUGGAGGGCACGAUUGGAGGGCAUGUUUUGCUAGGGCAACCGCAGUAUCCGGUUGUAAUGGAGGAUGCUGUGUUGCCCCCGCAACCGGUGUAUCCAAUGGAUGGAGCCGUCGGUGGUGCCCAUGAACAGCAGGUGGUGGAGCAGUUAACAAAUGAAUUGUCCAGAACCAUGGUGGGCGAACAUUUUAAAACUCACUUCAGGGUUUCUGUGUACUACCGGGGAGUGAAGAUGCCUGAGCAGCUGGUUGAGAACGAGGCAGGGUUCAGAUUAGUCUACAGACCUGAACUUACACAACCGCUUCUGGACCCAGAUUCUGGCAUGAAUCUGGUCUCUCUGCCCAGUCCACCGCCUGUCCAGGACGAAACUCAGGCCAAACUGACCCAAGAUAUCCUGGCUCUCCUGGGAGAGGGUCUGGAGGUGGGUGCCUCCGGGUCCAUCAUCUACGGACUCCGUAAGGGUGAAAUUAAGGCCUUCUGGAGCCUUGACAAGUUUGACAAUAGCAGGAGGCCCCAGGGAGUGUCCAAAUGCCCGGAACCACUAUAUCAGGCCAAGGACUUCUAUGGAGGGCUGUUGAAGUUCAUAAACAAUGAAGGAAAAUGUCCCCCCUUUUCUCUAUUCUUCUGUCUGGGAGAGAAGUGGCCAGACCCGGACAACAGACCCUGGGAGAAGAAACUGGUCAUGGUCGAGGUGGUGUUAACCGCUCUGGAGCUACUGAAGUCAAUGGCGGUGGAAGGUGGUGCCUCCUCUCUGCAGUCUGUGGAACUGCAGCUGUCCUUGCAGGAGUCCCUGCAGGAGAUGAUGGACUUGUGCUAAAGAGGGACUGAUCCACCUACUGUAAAAUACUGAGUAUCCAUUCUGUCAUAAUGUUUACUAUUUUGUAUGACCAUAUUUGAUCAACUGUUCAGAACCAAAACAACCGUAUGUGAGGGGGAAUGGGUUAAAUAAGCAUUUAAGUUUAAUGUCUAAUAGGGAACCUCACUCUGUUUUGGGUUUUUUCAAUGAUACUGUAAUCAACAAGGCAUGCAGGGUUCUAAAUUGCAACUAUUUUGGUCACAUAUGCUCCUUAAUAUUUUGCUGUGCGACCUGGAUUUUUCAUUUGGGAGUACCAGUGUGCUGGUGCUGAUUGCACACGUAGACUACAGAAACACCGCUAACCAAACAACAGUCUAUGUAUUGCUGUUGGUUGCUACACUCAAAAUGUAAACUUCUUAGAUUUGUCCUGACCUCAAAGGUGCCCUCAUGAUGUGGUUUAAUUUAGGACAAAACGGAAUUAGCCAACAAAAAUGCCCAAACUAUGUAGAAGCCUAAUAUUCUACUCAUGUAGUUUCAAUGACAGGUAUUUCUAUCAAUUUUAGCUUUUUAUAAUAAACAAAUGUGUUUACAGGGUUACCUAUUCGUUUCUAGGGCACAACAUGUGCUUCAGAAGUUGUUUGAAUUCAUAUAGGCUAUAUCCACUUUUCUGGUGCUCUUAAAUGUUAUGUUGUGCUCCUAACUUUUUCAAAUUGUGAGCACCAGUUCAGGAUUAUUAAUUGAGGAUAAAUAUCAAAUCAAGCACAGUUAUUAUCCAUCUAAACUGGAGAGGUAAUGCAAGGCAUGGCAUCUAUUUCACUUAAGUCUUAAUAAAUAAUAACUGUAAUAUGGUACAAUGGAUUUCACACCUUUAUUUAAAGGUCGACUGGCCAAUAGCAUGUAUGUAUGUAUGAGAUUGAAUGCAUCACUCAUCAUAACUAUCUCAUCUCGUUUUAAAAACCAAUAUUCAUAAGACGAGACUUAACUGUAUGCUGCGGUGAGACUAAUUCAGACUACAAUAAAUAAAAAAUACCUUUAAAAUGUG